CGCAUUCUGACAAUGAUGCUCGCAAAUACUAUUUUCCCACCGUGGUCAGGCCGCCAUCAAGUCUUCCCGCUACUUUACUAAACCCAGUCAACUUCCGCCUCCUUUGUAUUCCAUUCUUCUUCCUCCCGUCCAUAGAUCUUCUCUGUCUUUCCGCAUGGCUCUGGCUCUGCAUCUGCUUUUCAUCUCUCUUCUUCCCCUGGCGCUCGCAUCUUCUUGUCACUCCACUUGCGGCAGUAUCACCAUCUCUCCUCCCUUCGGAAUCACUCCCAACUGCCUCCAAAGCAAGUGGUUUGAAAUCGAAUGCAAACAAAACUCUGACGGAACUCAAAGGCCCUAUCUCAAGUUGAUCCAACUGGAGGUCACCAGAUUUGAUUACGAUUCCUGCAAGGUUUGGAUCAAAAACCCAGUUUACACCAGGAACUGCAGGAACAUCACCGCGCUUGUUCCCCCCGUAAACAUGACUGCAAGUCCUUUUGUUUACUCUCGAGAGGACAACGUCUUUCUGGGCGUGGGCUGCCACACGCGGGCUCUUCUUCUGCAAGGCUCCCGCGUUUCCGGCGGCUGCGUCUCCAUUUGCGGUCAAGACCCCAAUUCUUCCGGAAUCCGAGCUUGCCUCGGCAGCUAUUGCUGCUCCGCUCCCCUCCCUUGGAGUCUGUCCGAAUUCAACCCCAGAAUUGAAGAUGUGGCGGCUAACAGUUCCCCCAGGGAUCCCGGUGAUUGCAAUUAUGCGCUGAUUGCAGAAGAUAACGGCCGUGCUGAUUGGGGAAGAUGGAUUCUCAGCGAGUUGAAGGAUUCCGACAGUGUUCCUGCAGUGCUUGAAUAUCGUACCAGUUGCGCUGAAACGUCUUCCACGACGCUCAACUCAACUCUCGGACCUCAGUGUACCAGUUCUUGUGCUCCUCAAGGUGGGCAAGGGAACUCUGGAUCCAGAUCUCCAGGCAUGUCGGUGAUAGGAGUCGUUUUCUCGAGCCUAGUAUCCAUUGUUUUCCUUGUUGGGGUGUGGAUUCAAUACAAAAUCUUCCGGAAAAGUAGAAUGAACAAACGCAAAGAAAAAUACUUCAAACAAAAUGGCGGCAUGCUGUUGCAACGGAGAUCGUUAAACGGCGAUGUCAGCUUCGACAAAACCAAACUGUUCAGCUCCAGGGACCUUGAAAAGGCCACCGACCGCUUCAACGUUAAUAGAGUGCUCGGAAAGGGUGGCCAAGGCACUGUUUACAAGGGCAUGCUUGCCGACGGUCAAAUUGUCGCUGUCAAGAAACUCGAAUUCCACGGAAAUGUUGAAGAAUUUAUCAACGAAGUGAUCAUCCUUUCUCAGAUUAAUCACAGAAACGUGGUGAGGUUGUUAGGGUUUUGUCUGGAGACACAAGUUCCUCUGCUGGUCUACGAAUUCAUCCCAAACGGUAACCUCUUCGAGCACUUGCACGAACAAAAUGAAGAGUUCUGCAUGGUGUGGGACACGCGUUUAAGAAUUGCCAGCGAGGUUGCGGGAGCUCUAUUUUACUUGCAUUCAGCUGCGUCUCGGCCCAUUUAUCAUAGAGACAUCAAAUCGACAAACAUUCUGUUGGACGACAAGUUCAGAGCAAAAGUUGCUGAUUUUGGAACUUCAAGAAUGGUUUCUAUGGAAAAGACCCACAUCACGACUCAAGUUCAGGGUACUUUUGGCUACUUGGACCCUGAGUAUUUUCAUACCAGUCAAUUCACUGACAAGAGUGAUGUGUACAGCUUCGGAGUUGUUGUGGUGGAACUUCUGACAGGUCAGGUUCCGAUAUCAUCAUCUGGAAGGCCAGCAGAAGCUCAGAGUUUGGCUUCAUAUUUCAUAAUGUGUAUGGAUCAAGGUCGUUUAUAUGAUAUUCUGGACCCGAGAAUCAUGGAAGGGGCGAAGGAGGAAAUCACGGUCGUGGCAAACCUAGCAAGAAGAUGCUUGAACUUGAACGGGAGGAAGAGGCCGACCAUGAGAGAAGUCACAGCCGAAUUAGAAGGGAUUCAAAGACUGAGAAGGAUGUGCUCUAACAUUGAGCCGCAAAAUUACGAGGAAAUCGACUUCGGUGGAUUGUUUGAAGGCUACCAACCUUGGACUGCUGAUUACGCAUCAUCCGGAUCCACUCUAAACACCAUAGCUUCCUCAUCGUCCCAUGGUUUGCUUGUUUCAGAAACACAGCAGUUUGUUGACACACCACCUAACGUAGUGAAACUAUAGUGAUCUAGAGCAUGAUCAACUUCUAUGAGUGUGUAUAUAUUCCACAGUUUUAUUUUAAUCUCAAAGCAUAUAUACUUUUCUGGUAUUUCAUCAAUUGUCAGUUUAGUGAUAUAGCCUAUAUUGGGUCUUAUAACUUUGGGUUAUGUGUGUGUAAUUGUAUAAAUAUCACACUGUUUCACUCAUCAGGCUCGUUGUCAGUCAACUGUGAGUUCAUUUAACA